GUGUUUCGUUUUUCAUUAUUCAUUUUGCCGCCAAAAUGUUUGUUAUGUUCCAUACUUUAAUGAUGAUUUACCUAUUAUUUUAUUUAUAUUUUGAUAGUUGUUUAUUACCAUAAUAGAUUGCAUUUUAAUAAUAAUUAUUUUUUUUUUGUACAGACUCUUUGCCACAUUUCAAUAAUUGUCAGCCAACAUGACGUCCAGAGGAGACAUACAGUAUUCAACAAAAUAUGAAGACAAUGUGUAUAUUUAUAGGCAUGUAAUCUUACCAGAAGACAUGGCCAAACAGUUACCUAAGACUCAUUUAAUGACUGAAACCGAGUGGAGAAAUCUUGGCAUUCAAAUGACAUCUGGUUGGAUGCAUUACAUGAGAUAUGAUCCAGAACCUCAUAUAGUACCAUUCAGACGACUCAAAAAAGUGAAUACUUAAUUAAUAAAUGACUUAACCCUAAAUGUGAUAAUUUAGUAUAAUUGAUUGAAAUUUUAUUAUAUAUGUACUAAAAUAAAUAAAACAAUUUUACCAAUAAUGUUUAUAAAUAUAUAAUUUAAAUAUUUUGUUCAAAUAUUUAGUAUUUUAUUUUUAAUUCCUUAAAAAAUUUAUUUUCAUUUUAGAGAUGUCAUUUAUAGAUAGAUUUAAAUAAUAUUAAGGAAUUUUAUAUAUUUAGUUUUAAUCUAAAAAUGUAAAGUAACAAUCUCCUAUAAGAUAUUAUUUCUGAAUAAACCUAUUAAGAUAUUCAUUAUAUAUUCAUUAUAAUUUUUUGUGUGAUUAAUAGUAUUAUAUAUUUUUUUUAUACCAGAAUAAUUGACAUUUAAAAUGGUUAAUAUUAUUUAUCAAAUUAUGAAAUGAGAUUUUUUUUUUUUUUAUUCUCAAUAUUGUUUAGAGCAGUGGCUCUCAACCGUUGGUCCACAAUUAUUUUGGUCCGUAUUUUAUUGGAAAAAUGAUAUUUUUUAUGUAUUGUUGAAAGGUUAACCAUCUAUGGAUAAAAGUAAAAUAUAUUCAUCAGUACUAUUUUA